AUGGAGGAGAUCAUCGUGGAAUCGACGGUGCCUCAAACCGUGACCGAUAAGGCAACGGAGAAGCAGGGGACACCGGAGCCGCAACUUGACGCAGUUUCUGGGGAGUCGGAAGGGAACGAUUUACAGCGAGAUAAGCUGAAGUCUGGGGUGGAUGAAGGAACGAAUUUGGAGAAGGGUAGUAAGGAGAUUUUAGGGACGCUGGAGACCGAUGUUGUACAGGAAGCCGUAGUGUUCGAGACUAUUGCAGCAAGUUUUAUGGAGGAAAGAUCUACAGUAGAGAGUACCGUGUCGGAAGAUUUAGUUGAGAAAGAAGUUGUGAAGCAACAUGACGAGGUUUUGAACCACCAGCACGGGACUACAGUGCCUAGUGAAGAUGGCACCUCUUUGAACCUGGAGCGAACGUCAUCUCUUGAUGCGCUGAAGGCCACAGGGACGAAGGCAGUAGGAUCGUUGUUUUCGAGAUUCAAGGUGGGAUUGAAAAAGCCGCUACCAAGUCAAAUGGAAUCUCCAGUUAACGCUACAGCCAAGAAGAAUGAAGUGAUCGUGGCAAAAAAUCAAGACAACUCCUCCGUGUGCAAAAACAAGGAAUUGACUCGACAAAACCAUCAUAUUAUGAAUAUGGGUGUCGAAAAGGAAGCAACACAAAUUCUAACUGCUGCUCAACAACAAGGUAUGUCAAAUCCAAUCUCCGGUGCAACGACUGAAGCUCCGUUAGAAGCUGCUAAGGAGCAAGUUAAAGCAUUUGAGAGCGUGAGGGAAGAUAAUACGAUUGUUCAGGAAGUAAAUGCGGGAAUGAUCGAUGACGUGAUUCAGGAAGCUGGCUGUGUAAUUUCUGCAGAUGUUGUGAACCACGAUAUUGUGGCUGCAACGCAUAGUACGUUGAGUACAUCUGUAACUUCAAUCAAGCAUACGACAAACAAGGUCGACCAUGAUGAAAAACUUCAAGAGAUUUCAAAUCUUACGGAUCACUUUAGCGAGGCUGAUGUGAUAAUUUCUGAGCCAGCGAGUGACACGACUGUCACAUCGUCUGUCUAUGCGGGAUCUUCGGCUGCUAGCACCGAAAACGAGGCUGUUACGACGACUGAUAGUGCUCAAAAUAAAGUAAUUUCGCUGACUGGGAGCGUUGAAGACGAUGGGAUCUUGGCGAUUGAAAACGCUACGGACAAAAGCUCACAAGACUCAACUACCAAGGCUCAUAAUGAGGCUGUUUCGUCAAUUGAGUGCUCUCAAAGUAAGACGUUACAAACAAUUGAAAGAACACAAAACAAAGCUUUUUCUCCGACUGAAAAUUUGGAAAACGAGACUGUUAAGUUGCAAGGUGAGGCUGUAUCUAUGACUGACAGUGCUCAAAACGAGACUAUUUUGUCGAUUGAAAGGACUCAGAACGGAGCUGUUUCGCCGAAUGCAAGUGCUCAUGAUGAGGGUGCCUUUUCAACGGAAAGGGCUCAGAACGAGAUUAAUCUUAUGACUGAAAGGACCCAAAAAGGGGCUAUAUUGUCGACUGAGAGCAACCAAGCUGGAAGUGCUACAAUGACUGAAAGUGCCGAAGGUGGGAAUGUUUGGUCGACUGAAAGUGCCCACAAAGAGCCUUGUUUGUCGGCUGAAAUGACUCAAACUGAGAUAGGGGACUUGACUGAGAGUAACCGAGAUGGGACUUUUCCAGCGGCCGAAAUUGCCCAAAACGCUGUGUUUUUGUCGACACAAAGCACUCGAAACGAAGCUGUCCUGUCGAUUGAAAGUUCUCGAGCCGAUGUAGUUCCCUCUACUGCAAGUGACCAAGAAGAGGCUUUUUCUUUGGCAAAAAGUGCUCAAAAUGAAAAUCUUUUGGCGAUUGAAAGUGCUCGGAGCGAAGCUCAGUCGUCAACUCAUAGUGCUCAUGACGAAAACAUUUCGAUGAAAUCAAGCGAUUUGCUGUCAAUCACAGUCACUUCACCGACCAAAGAUCUUUCCGCUAAAACCGCAUCACCUGUCAAGCUGGAGAAGUUAUCACCUGUCAAGAGUAUAGCCUGUCGCUUUGAAGGCAAACAAGAACAGUCGCUUGACAGUCUCAAGUUCCGUACAGUGCGUGAAUUUUUUCCCGCGGAGCGAAGCAUUCGUGUUGGAGCAGAAAAAGAAAAAUUUGAAGCUCAGGCACAACAGCAGCAAUUGAAGGCAAAAGCAGAUGAAGUGGCUAAGGCUAAGUAUAAUACUAGUAUCAAGUCUUUUGACGAAAUCAGCGAAUCAGAAUCAGUCACUGGCACGGUGCCCUCUACCAGUGCUUUCCAAACGCCCGAUGCUGCUUCGACAAGGAAGGCUUGUAGCUUUGACGAAGUUUCAAUCUCUUCUCAGUCGUCUAGCAAGUUCAGUGACGAAGCAUUAACUCCGGUCAAAAGCAUUGCUAGUAGGUUUGAAGGCAAACGCGAGCAGUCGCUGGAUAGUUUAAAGUUCCGUACUGUUCGUGAAUUUUUUCCCACUGAAGAGGAGCGAAGUGUUCGUGUUGGUGCUGAAAAGGCCAAAUAUGAAGCUCUUACGAUACAGCAGAAGAAAGCAUCGAAAAUUGGUCAGCUUAAAGUGAAGCACGAGUCGCUCGUCAAUGAACAGAGAAGUAGCGUUAAGAGUUUGGCAAGUGCCGAUACGAUGCCCAAUAAGUCUUUGUCGACGCUUGAUGAGUCUCUAGCGACGAAAGCGUCAAGUGUUUCUUCUGAUUCGGAGGUUAGAAGACGAGAAAAAGUUAAGGUGAUGAGUAAGACGAUUACAACCGAGGUAGAAGCUGAUAAAAGUGCGACGAAAGACAUUGAAGCAGUUGUCCCGACGAAGGAAGAAAUAGGUGGGGGCCUUACUGCACAAAGCAAUAAUGCUGCUGCAGGUAGCAGUAUACGACGUGAAGACAACGAUGUUAGAUAUCACAACGAAGUCAACUGUGGUGACAGUUCGAAAGAAGAUGAUUCCAUGUGCAUUGGUGAAAAUGAGGAGAGUAGAAGAGAGCUGAAUCAACAAUGUAGCUUUGCAGACGGUGGUAUCUCCAACAACCCCGUAAGCAACGAACAAAUCAGCACCGGAGUCGAGGUCGGUGAGAAGCCUAUGAUAAGUACACCCAAAGCGGGAAUACUAAACGAUCAGGUAGUACUUGAGCAUUCUGUUAACUUCUUCACCACUAAAACAGAGAUAGCUGCUAAUCCCAGCGAAGCGAUAAAUCAUACGGACAAUGGGCAGGUCAACAAAGUCCGAGAAGACAUUCCGACUGAGACUGAAUUGACCGCUUCGUGUGCUGACGGCGAAAUUGCUGAAACGGAUCAGAACGAGCCUGUGGCAGAACCACCAACAUUUUUGCAAGGUGAUGUGUCAUCCAUUCCUUUGAUGCUGACUACGGAACGAUCCUUCGUGAUGGACAAGGACGAUAUGAUUGAGACGGAAGACACUGUCGUCGUUCGAGAAAGACCCAUGACAGACGGUGAGGAUGAAUCUGAGCUUGUGUCCUCGGCGACCUUACUUCCAACGCAUAAGUCACAUGCUGGUAUCACGUCGUCUCAGUCAAAGAAGCAAGAGCGAGUGAAAGAAGCAGCAGUUGUGUUCAAAUCAAAAAAGCGGGUGCCAGGCCCUGCGCCAGUUGUGUCUACGAUGGUCACGAAGGCGGAGGCGCCGCUGAAGAGAAAAAGCACAACACCAAAGGUCGAGCCAACAGCUAGCAACGCGAGACAAAAUCAAUUAUUAUCAAAGCAAUUGGACACGAAGAGUGCAACCGGAUAUGUGAGACGUUCACCAGGGGCUUCUGUUGCAGCGGCAACUGUCUCACUGCAAGUUCGAAAUAUAGGAAAGGUCUCGACGGCAGAGUCUGCACAUUCGGUCCUGACAGCUCCCAUUGCACCGAAAUGUGCGUCAAUAAUGGCUCCCUCUGUAUCCUCAAAGGCAAAAAAAGCAGCAGAAGCGACGAAAGAAGUCUUCGCUCCAUCUCCCGCUCGGUCGAAACGAUACGCAAGCAUUAAAAGCAAAGUCUUGGAUGGCAUCAAUAACAUCGUGUCUCACAAAAAGAUUACAAAAGAAGACUUUAUCGCUGCUGAACGUCGAAAGAGUUUGGGUUCUGCAAAUGCGCGUUCAGGCUUCGACACGGAUGAUCGACGAGCGUCGUUGACUGCUCGAGCUUCGAUAAGUGGACCACCGGAGCAGUUCAUUCGAUCGGCAUUUUCACGCAAGAAACUGAACGCGACCGCUCCUCGGUACAUGAACUACGAGAAUGCUCGAGGCUACGCCGAGCGUGCACGUGUGCAGUACGAGCGUCGUAAGCGUCUUGAAGCAGCGAAUGCUGUCAAGUCUGAGAAGCGACAACGCGAGUUGCAUAUGUUCUUUGCGGAACUGCAUCACAAAUCGUCAAAGGCGAAUGCUGAUGAAGUGCGUCGUGGCUUGGAAGCGCACGAGUUUAUUCAACUGGCAAAAGAAAAUGAACGGCAAGCUUUAGAAAUGCUGAGGAAAGACAAGCAGCGUUCCGCACAGGGAAAGCAUCAUACAUCACCUGCAGCGUCGAACGCUGGAUCCUCUUUUAGAUCUAAAAAGUCGUCUAUCUCGUCGUCUGCGUCUGUUGAAGGAAAGGUCAUGGUAGUAGAAGUGAUGAAUGCAGUGAAGCAAGAUAAUAUCAAGAAGAAAGCUGAAGUCGAGACAGAGACGAUUUCAUUCUCAUUUGAAGAUGGCAACUCGGUACUUGAGAAAGUGUUGCAGAGCGAUAAAGAGGAAGUUGCGAUACGCGAGUAA